GCGGGCCCCGCUGGACUCUCCACUCCCACUACCAUUCCCACUCCCACCACAGCUCUGAAGACUGAGAGUGAAGAGUGAAGAGAGAGACCCUCCGGUUCGGAGCGCCGCCGCCGCCGCCGCCGGAGCUCGAGACCGAUGGGCGGCUUCGCCACCUCGCGCCCGGCCUCCAUAGGCCUCUGCGCCUUUCUCAGCUUCCUCAACCUCUUCGCCUUCCUCCUCGCCGUGGGCGCCGAGCGCCGCCGCAGCACCGGGAAGGUGGUGCCGGACGAGUACGACGACCGCUCCUACUGCCUCUACGACACCGACGCCUCCACGGUGUACGGCGUCUCCGCCUUGUUCGUGCUCCUGCUCCAGCAGGCCAUCGUCACCGCCGCCACGCGGUGCCUCUGCUUCGGCCCCGCGCUCUCCUCCCGCGGCUGCGCCGUCGCCGCGUUCGUCCUCUCCUGGACAACAUUCCUUAUAGCGGAAGCUUGCCUCAUAGGAGGAUCAGUGAGGAAUGCAAAACACACCAAAUAUUUAGGUUACUAUAUGAAGCACGAUUUGGUGUCCUGUGCCACCCUUCGCAAGGGGGUCUUCGCAGCUGCUGCUGCGAUGAUGCUUAUCAACCUCGUGGCGUCCCUUGUCUACUAUUGGAGUUACUCAAAAGCUGCAACCGGUGGGUUCAUGAAGCACCAAAACGAGGUUGGGGUGGGCAUGACGGAUUACGGCCUUGACAUGGGUGUUUCUGGGCCCUGAGUGAGCUCGCAUCUUGUUGCUCUGUCUGUGCACUAGCGCCAUAUAUCUGUUCCUAUAUCCUGUGCCUGAAGCUCUGUUGUUGCUCUACACUGUGUGAACGACUCCAGAACUGUACUCAAAUACGCGUGAAAGUUUGGUAGUGUUAUUGUAUGGUUCACGAGCUCUCUCUCACUCUCUGUGAAGAUGUGGUAGCCUUCAGUAUUAUUUUUCUGUUGUGCA